CGGACCGGAAGUGGGGGCGGAAGUGCAGUGGGAUCAGCGGCGAUGCGCGCCUCUGCCCGCGAAGUCUGAACUGGCUGAUAGCUGGGGACGCCGUGGCGGCGCUCGACUGCAGUCGGUUGAGUUCCUGAGGGCCCCCGGUUCUGGAAGGUUCGCCCCAGAGACAAGUGAGCAGUCUGUGCCAUAGGGAUUCUCCAAGAGAACCGUGUUGUGUCCCAGUGCACCUGCUCGCAUCACUUACCAGGAGUGCCUGAGAUCCUAAGAUGUUCGGAGUGGUUUUUUCGCACAGACCCGAAUAGCCUGCCCCUCAGCCACCCUCUGUGCCCUCCUGAGAAGAGGCUGAUAUGCCCAAGAUAGUCCUGAAUGGUGUGACCAUAGACUUCCCAUUCCAGCCCUACAAAUGCCAACAGGAGUACAUGACCAAGGUCCUGGAAUGUCUGCAGCAGAAGGUGAACGGCAUUCUGGAGAGCCCCACGGGCACAGGGAAGACGCUGUGCCUGCUGUGUACCACGCUGGCCUGGCGAGAACACCUCCGAGACACCAUCUCUGCCCGCAAGAUUGCCGAGAGGGUUCAAGGGGAGCUUUUCCCGAAUCAGGCCUUGUCGUCCUGGGGCAACGCUGCUGCUGCUGCUGAAGAUCCCAUAGCUUGCUACACGGAUAUCCCAAAGAUCAUUUACGCCUCCAGGACCCACUCGCAACUCACGCAGGUCAUCAACGAGCUUCGGAACACCUCCUACCGGCCUAAGGUGUGUGUGCUGGGCUCCCGGGAGCAGCUGUGCAUCCAUCCAGAGGUGAAGAAACAAGAGAGUAACCACAUGCAGAUCCACUUGUGCCGCAAGAAGGUGGCAAGUCGCUCCUGUCAUUUCUACAACAACGUGGAAGAGAAAGGCCUGGAGCAGGAGCUGGCCAGCCCCAUCCUGGACAUCGAGGACUUGGUCAAGAGCGGAAGCAAGCACAGGGUGUGCCCUUACUACCUGUCGCGGAACCUGAAGCAGCAAGCCGACAUCAUCUUCAUGCCGUACAAUUACUUGUUGGAUGCCAAGCACUCUGUUGAGAAGAUGUGUGAAGAAUCAGCGUCCUUUGACCUGACCCCCCAUGACCUGGCUUCAGGACUGGACGUCAUAGACCAGGUGCUGGAGGAGCAGACCAAGACUGCGCAGCUGGGCGAGCCCCACCCGGAGUUCAGCACAGACUCCCCCAGCCCAGGGCUGAACAUGGAGCUGGAAGACAUUGCAAAGCUGAAGAUGAUCCUGCUCCGCCUGGAGGGGGCCAUCGAUGCCGUUGAGCUGCCUGGAGACGACAGUGGUGUCACCAAGCCAGGGAGCUACAUCUUUGAGCUGUUUGCUGAAGCCCAGAUCACGUUUCAGACCAAGGGCUGCAUCCUGGACUCGCUGGACCAGAUCAUCCAGCACCUGGCCGGACGUGCUGGAGUGUUCACCAACACGGCCGGACUGCAGAAGCUGGCGGACAUCAUCCAGAUUGUGUUUAGUGUGGACCCCUCCGAGGGCAGCCGUGGUUCCCCGGCAGGGCUGGGACCCUUACAGUCCUAUAAGGUGCACAUCCAUCCUGAUGCUGGUCACCGGAGGACGGCUCAGCGGUCUGAUGCCUGGAGCACCACUGCAGCCAGAAAGCGAGGGAAGGUGUUGAGCUACUGGUGCUUCAGUCCCGGCCACAGCAUGCGCGAGCUGGUCCGCCAGGGCGUCCGCUCCCUCAUCCUUACCAGCGGCACGCUGGCCCCGGUGUCCUCCUUUGCCCUGGAGAUGCAGAUCCCUUUCCCGGUCUGCCUGGAGAACCCACACAUCAUCGACAAGCACCAGAUCUGGGUGGGGGUUGUCCCCAGAGGUCCCGAUGGAGCCCAGCUGAGCUCUGCGUUUGACAGACGGUUUUCUGAGGAGUGCUUGUCCUCCCUGGGGAAGGCUCUGGGCAACAUCGCCCGCGUGGUGCCCUACGGGCUGCUGAUCUUCUUCCCUUCCUAUCCUGUCAUGGAGAAGAGCCUGGAGUUCUGGCGAGCCCGCGACUUGGCCAGGAAGAUGGAGGCACUGAAGCCGCUGUUUGUGGAGCCCAGGAGCAAAGGCAGCUUCUCCGAGACCAUCAGUGCUUACUAUGCAAGGGUCGCUGCCCCUGGGUCCACCGGCGCCACCUUCCUGGCGGUGUGCCGGGGCAAGGCCAGCGAGGGGUUGGACUUCUCAGACACGAAUGGCCGUGGUGUGAUCGUCACGGGCCUCCCGUACCCCCCCCGCAUGGACCCCCGGGUUGUCCUCAAGAUGCAGUUCCUGGACGAGAUGAAGGGCCAGGGUGGGGCUGGGGGCCAGUUCCUCUCUGGGCAGGAGUGGUACCGGCAGCAGGCGUCCAGGGCGGUGAACCAGGCCAUUGGGCGAGUGAUCCGGCACCGCCAGGACUACGGGGCUGUCUUCCUCUGUGACCACAGGUUCGCCUUUGCUGAUGCCAGAGCCCAGCUGCCCUCCUGGGUGCGUCCUCACGUCAGGGUGUACGACAACUUCGGCCACGUCAUCCGAGACGUGGCCCAGUUCUUCCGUGUUGCCGAGCGAACUAUGCCAGCACCGGCCCCCCGGGCUGCAGCACCCAGUUUGCGUGAAGGAGAAGAUGCUGUCAGGGAGGCCAAGUCGCCUGAUCCCCUCCUCUCCACCAGGAAAGCUAAGAGUCUGGACCUGCAUGUCCCCAGCCUGAAGCAGAGGUCCUCAGGAUCACCAGCUGCCGGGGACCCCGAGAGUAGCCUGUGUGUGGAGUAUGAGCAGGAGCCAGUUCCUGCCCGGCAGAGGCCCAGGGGGCUGCUGGCCGCCCUGGAGCACAGUGAACAGCGGGCCGGGGACCUUGGCGAGGAGCAGGCCCACAGCUGCUCCACCCUGUCCCUCCUGGCUGAGAAGAGGCCGGCAGAGGAGCUGCGAGGAGGGAGGAAGAAGAUCCGGCUAGUCAGCCACCUGGAGGAGCCCGUGGCUGGCGCACAGAUGGACAGGGCCAAGCUCUUCAUGGUGGCUGUGAAGCAGGAACUGAGCCAAGCCAACUUUGCCACCUUCACCCAGGCCCUGCAGGACUACAAGGGUUCCGAUGACUUCGCCUCCCUGGCCGCCUGUCUCGGCCCCCUCUUUGCUGAGGACCCCAAGAAGCACAGCCUGCUCCAAGGCUUCUACCAGUUUGUGCGGCCUCACCACAAAGAGCAGUUUGAGGAGGUCUGUAUCCAGCUGACGGGACGGGGCUGCGGCUACCGGCCAGAGCACAGCGUUCCCCGAAGGCAGCGGGCACAGCCAGCCCUGGACCCCACUGGAAGGACAGCGCUAGAUCCCAAGCUGACUGUGUCCAAGGCUGCAGCCCAGCAGCUGGACCCCCGAGAGCACCUGAACCAGGGCAGGCCCCACCUGUCGCCCAGGCCACCCCCCACAGGAGGCCCUGGCAGCCACCCACAGCAGGGGUCCAGAGCGCCCAGAGCAGGGAAGCAGGGCCAGCGCGCCGUGAGCACCUACCUGGCAGAUGUCCGCAGGGCCCUGGGGUCUGCAGGCUGUAGCCAGCUCUUGGCAGCGCUGACAGCCUACAAGCAAGACGAUGACCUCGACAAGGUGCUGGCUGUGCUGGCCGCCCUGACCACUGCAAAGCCGGAGGACUUCCCCCUGCUGCAGAGGUUCAGCAUGUUUGUGCGUCCACACCACAAGCAGCGCUUCUCACAGACGUGCACAGACCUGACCGGCAGACCCUCCCUGGGCAUGGAGCCACCAGGACCCCAGGAGGAGAGUCUUGCUGUGCCUCCUGUGCUCACCCACAGGGCUCCCCAACCAGGCCCCUCACGAUCCGAGAAGCCCGGAAAGACCCAGAGCAAGAUCUCGACCUUCCUUAGACAGAGGCCAGCAGGGACUGUGGGGGCGGGCGGUGAGGCUGCAGGGCCCAGCCAGUCCCCAGGACCUCCCCACGGGCCUGCAGCAUCUGAGUGGGGUGAGCCUCCUGGGAGAGACCUCGCUGGGCAGCAGGCUGCGGGAGCUCCGAGUGGGCCCCUCUCAGCAGGCUGUGUGUGCCAGGGCUGUGGGGCGGAGGACGUGGUGCCCUUCCAGUGCCCUGCCUGUGAUUUCCAGCGCUGCCAAGCCUGUUGGCAACGGCACCUUCAGGCCUCUAGGACGUGCCCAUCCUGCCACACCGCCUCCAGGAAGCAGAGCGUCACGCAGGUCUUCUGGCCAGAGCCCCAGUGAGUGCCCACGGAGGCCCUCAGCACACCCGACGUGGCUUGAUCACGUGCUUGUCCAGCUCUGGUGGGCCAAAGAACCACCCAACAGAAUAGGCCAGCCCAUGCCUGCCUGCCUGCCCCACUGCAG